AUGAUGGACGGACCGCCGUUGUUCACGAGAGAAAGAGAUUCGCGUAGUUAACCACCAAGCGAUUCAACGACCUUGCUACGUCCUUCUCUUGACACUUGGGCACUGGCACUGGUACAGAAGAGAAAAAUUUCUUCACAGAACGACGUCCGGAUCGGAAGCGCGUCCAAGUUUUGGAGGUUCCACUAUAUCUGUAGUUCCGUUGAUACGGCAUCCAGGGCCAGAACUGUGCCUGGACCAGUUCGGAGAACCGAUUUUCAUUCGACUCACCGUGAAAGAAUUGAUAGCAUCUAAGAACAACAGUCCAUCCGAACACGCAUAACAGAGUGAGAGUGUAUUCAAUAAAACCCGAAAAAGUGGUGUAAAGAUGUUCCAAUUUCAAAAGAGGAAUAAUUGAGGAAACUAUACAAACAAGUGUAUAUUGAAACAACGAAUUCAAAUUGAUUGAAUGUUAUAAUCGAAUAACGCAAACGAAUUUCAAACCAACCGAGCAAAAAGUGAGAUAUUUUAUUAAAAAUAGAAUCAAUCAGCAGCAGAGACAGAGAUCCGAAAUUGAAGCAACCGAAUUCGGUAGAAAGUGAAACCUCGAGUGGAGGCCAUAAAUUCAAAAUUAUUCAUUCUAUCUGCGACUCUCGCUGUCUGUUCCGCUGGGAAAACGCAAGAGUUGCUGUGGAAGCUUCCUGAAGCAGCCCACCUAAAUAGGAGAUCACAACUCUGAAGUCCCAAGCAAUAAUCUAAUUAAAUCUUUUGUUAUUUGUGUUUUGUUGAAAUCCCCACGAAAUGUGUUGUACGCCAUCUGUGCCGUUGUGUUGAUAAUGCUUCGAACGACCACAUCGCUAACGCCCGGUACGCUGAACUGAACGAAAAAAAAGUGCAAUGUUCUAAUCUCGACGAGGACCUAAACGACGACGCAAUUCCUGAAUACGAACCUCCCGGCCGGGUAUCCGCUGACCAGGAUCGAGCUUCGCUUCUGUCGCCAUCAUCGUUGGGUUUAGCUGGACAACUGUUCGGUGCCUGGGUGCACAGUACCGUCAUCACCGUGACUGCAAUUCUUAUCGGAUUAUUCAUUGAGCUACGAUUCCAUGACGCCUGGUGCCCGUACGUCGUCUAGUGGUGGGUUUACGUGAUCAGAAACUGUAUAUCUUCUAUGAGUACGCCAGGCGAUCCGUCGGCAUCCGGUGGAGGACCUGACAGACCGUGCGGCAUUACAUCACUACUACCGAUUGGCAUGUCGUGCCGCGGCCGGGCCGAAGCAUUUGCCCGUAGUCUACAGUCACGCCUACGAACGCUCGGCACACAGGGAACUGCAGACGAGGCUGCUCAGAUCACCGACCACCCCCACGAAAAUGAGAACACAUGGCUAUCACAGGACGAAGCGACGGGUGUAACGCGUCUUCAGCCUCUCCGCAUGGUAACCAGCGAGGCCGACGGUUUCUACGACUUUGGCCUCGAGAACGAUAGCCCUGGAUCCCCUAUCGAGGAGUGCGAGUAUACGCGGCUUAUCGAAACGGCCACAGCCACCCCCGCCGAAAUAGCGCCCGAGUCCGGCUACGUAUGUGCUUCACCCUGCUCUACACCUCAGGUUAGCCCGGAGCACAGUCCAUCCAGUCAGAGUUCGUCCGACUGCCAGUUUUAUGAUCCAGAGAGCUCAGAUCCCGAACAGAAAUCGACCAGUGGCUGUGAUUACUACGACUGUACUACCUCUGAUCAAUCUGCGACGUUGAAAAGGUCGUUAGAAGCGGCAUCUACCUCAAUAACAGAAGGAACGGCAACAGUUACUGCAACGGCAACAAGACAAACUAGACGCAAGUCUCAAAAUGGUCACCUACCCAGUGGCCUAGGAGUAACAAACAUCGACAGCGAUAGUUGCUCCGAGUCUCUACCUCCUUCACAAUCCACAGAAUCACAAUCACACGAUUCGACUUACACAGGACUGAGUUCGAAUAACUCGAACAGCACUUUGCAGGACGUCACAAUGGAAGGUGAAGAUAUCGAAGAGGUAAAACAAAAAGUGCCCGAAAGUAGUAGUGAGCAACACAAAGAUGAGGAUGAAACAGAUCACGGCAAAGUAUUAGCGAACGGUCAUGCCAUAAUGCCGAGAGAAAGUCUCGUCCGUCAAGCUGAAGUAAGUGCAAUAGACGUUGAUAUACUGAAGUUUGUCAACGGAGAUGCGGUGGAUGAACCAGAAGAUGAGUCAAGCAGUCCAAAGGUCGAAAUGGCCGAAGUGGAAAAGUUGCUCCAAGACUGCAGUGUAGAACAGAAAUCGAAGGCAGAAAAGGAGGAUCACAGAAGAGGAGGCAUAUCGUCUGGCGAUGAAGACGAAGAUUUUGUCAGACCGCAGCGAAUGCGGAGAAGUUCGUCACUGAAAACGGGCAAAACUCCACCGGGAACACCCGGGAGGAAAAAGUUUGUUCGAUUCGCAGAUGUGCUCGGACUUGACCUAGCCGAUGUAAAGACAUUCGUCGAUGAAGUUCCUAAAGUGCCGAAAUCGGCAUACGAGGAUCUGGACUUUUGCCUGGAACCUCCCGUAGCUCAACAGAUUAGUUUGGGUCCGAAAGCAGAUAGAGUACUGGUGCCGCUCUUCCAGCAGCCAGGUGCCUUACCUUGCUUUUUGGAUAAAAUUCGUGAUAAACAAGUAAAUCUGGAGAAUGCGGCCGUGACCGAUCCAGUGACCCUGACCAUCACCGGCACAGUUCGAGUCCGAAAUCUUGACUUCCAUAAGUCAGUCUACGUGCGAUACAGUACAGAUAGCUGGAGAAGCUUCUCCGAUCUUCAAGCCAGCUAUGUUGAAAACUCGUGUGAUGGCUUUUCCGAUAAGUUCGCCUUCACCUUAUAUGGAAGCUCGGUCCAGAUAGGGCAGCGUAUUGAAAUGGCGAUACGCUUCCAUUGUCGAGGACAGCAGUUUUGGGACAAUAACUAUGAUAUGAACUAUGUUUUCCAAUGCUUGCCGAUCAGUCAGCCAAACCCGAUCGCGCAAAUUGCAGUCAAACCGGCUAAUGCGGACGUUCUUCACAGUCCAGAUGGAUCAUGGUGCCAAAACUUUUACUGAACGGGUCCCUUCAUAUCACGCUGCCUCCAGGAAAAAAAAUCAAACCCCUCCGACCACAAUUGUAACUAAUACAAUAGAAAGAAUAGCAUCAAGGUAUUGAAUAGCGACCCGAAAUUGCAUGAUUGUCGCUAAUAUAGACCGACCACACUCUUCACAGUGUUUAAGUUUUUUACCACAUCAGACGAAAAAAGAUUGCAGACUUUUAAACGAAAUUUUAAUUCAUUAUUCGUUGUCCAAGAGAAAAGUAAUGGUUUUACAAUAUAGAACAGUAAAACUAAAUUAGAAUAAAAACAGUCGAACUAAUCUAAAGAACAAGGCCCCAACACAUUUUGAGAGAUUAGAAAAUUCAAGACUUGAGUGGUGAAUCCUGACAAAAAAUCUAAAAGCAUAUUAGAUCUGACAGCCCUUUAAUGAUAACAGAUCAAAAAUGUUUUAAUUUUAGGUGCAAAUUGUGUAAAUCUAGUAUUGAACAUUUAUUUGAUGGAAAGAUCAUAAUCAUGACCCUACUAGCCUAGAUUCAUAAACCAAUUGUAAAGAUAAUCAAAACCUCACGCUAAUACUUCAGAAUAAAGUCGUAUGUGUGUUAAACACAAGUUUAUAUUCAUUGACAACAGAGGAGACUAUGAGCACGUUAGAAUGAUAAAGAAUUGAUAACAAAGUUUGGAUUGGUCGUGUUACUAGAACGCUUUAAAUCCAUGAAAGAUGAAAUGUAGCUGCAUGCUCUCGAAAGCUGUAUUGUAGUAGCUGUUUUCUGAGUUUACCUUAAAAACGUGAAAAAGAAUACAAGCAUUGUGUAUAGAGAUAAACGUUAGUUAAAAAAGAAUGGAAUAAACAAUACAGAGAGCGAUUUGAAUGCACCCACUUACAAAAUAGCUAACCAGAAACGAAAUGUGCGGCAUGCAAUUGUGCAGAGAAAAAGGAAAACAACAAACUGGUGUCUUAUGAAAGAGAUGAAAUCGAGGAAGCUAUGAGAACACUAUAUUCAGUUAAGUACAUAAAUACCCUAUGUAUAAUAAAGAAGUUUAUCCAAAGAUUAGGAAUAAAGAAAUGUUUAACAGAA